CGCCUCUUCAGGAAUUCAGGCGGAGGGGGAAGAGACCAACAGCAGAGAGAGAAGGAGGAAGUAAAGGAGCUCCGCGGCGGCGCUCAGCUUUCAGACCUUUCUAAACUUUAUUAUUCUAAAUUACCGGAGACUUUUAAAGCCCUGACCGCCUUUACCUGAGCUCCGGAGCGGUUUAACGCCUCACAGAGCUGCUGGAGACAUGGGAGUGGGGGACCCGAACAACAUGGAGCAGGGGGGAGCGGCGGCGGCAGCUUCUGCGGCGGAAGUGGACCGGGUCAAGGCCCUGCAGUCGCAGGUGGAUGGCGUUAAGGACAUCAUGACCCAGAAUGUGGAUCGGAUUCUGGCCCGUGGCGAGCGGCUGGACGAUCUGAUGGACAAGUCUGAGGGCCUGGAGGAUGGGGCCAAGACAUUUAAGCAAACGUCUCAGAAGGUGGCUCGUGCGUUCUGGUGGAAGAAUGUGAAGCUGAUCCUGGUGAUUGUGGUGGUUGUCGUCAUCAUCCUGCUGAUCAUCAUCCUGCUAGCCACCGGAGUGAUUCCAACCAGUUCGCCUUCACCCACACCACCCAAACCACCCACCAAGUGAUCUGAUUAAAAAAUGAGAAGCAUAUUAGAAAGCAGUGGUUUGGCCAAAAUGCAAAAUUACAUAGAUUCCCAUUUAAGUGCUGAGUUGCUUCUUUAGCUUUAAACUGGAAGUAAAAGGCUAAUUUAUUGCAAAUAACCUCUUUAGCACAUCAGAAUGUUGACUAUUCAGAAUAAAUGCUGGAAAAUUAUGUAUUAUACAGUAGUUUUAUAAUGACCAUGCACAUACAGAAAUGGAAGAAAAAAAAUAGACUUUUCUAUGAUUUUAUGACGCAUACUUAGUUAAGAAGAAGUAGUUACAUAUAUAUUUAAACAUAUAUUUAGAGAGAGAAUUUAUCCUUUAAAGUUGGGAUUGUAAGAUACUUAAGUUACAUAUUGAAAAUAGGCAGAAUUUAGUGCUAACUGUUGGGAUUUCAAGCUAGCUGCUAGAUGCUUCAUUUUUUUGAAUGUUAUUUCUGUUGUUUUGGGAUUUUUUUGCAGUUUAAAUGGUUAACUGUUGCUUAUAUGUGGAUUCAUGUCUUUCUUAACUGUUACUGUGUCUUUACACUGUAGAGAACUUUCCUCUGUGGGUUUUGUUUUUGUCUGGGAUCGGAGCUCCAUAGAGGUGUGUGUGUGUGAAGUGUGAUGCUAACUCUACAUGCUAGCUAGUGAUAUGUACAGAUAUUAUAUGUCAUUCUCAGAGAGUCAACACAAGCAUCUGUGUAUAAGUACUGUAUAUGUGUAUGAAGAUAAGACUUGAGAUGAGAUUUGAUGAGACUGAAUGACGAGUUACCCUGCCUGCUUUAGCUUGGUUUCUGUAGCUGUAUGAAUGUGUUACGAACCUUGGUUACUUCCUGAAUGGCGCUAGUAAGGCUAGUAGAGUGAAGUUAGUCGAAACAAUGAUCAUGAUCAAUACUGCAAUAUUGCACUUUGACUUUAGUACAUUCCUGCUGUGCUGUGCUUUGGGAUUGAAGCUUAUUUUAUUAAGCUUAAAGGUUCUUUCACACAGAGUAAAAUUAUUAAAAUCAUUUUUAAUGUAGUGAAUCUUUUACACUGAAUUCAAAGCUCAUAAAUGUCCACUUUUUCUGUUUCUCUGCUCCCUGUCCAGUUUAAUUUUUUGCUUUCUUUAAUUUACCUUCUUGAUGCAAGGGCUCAUCUCUUGUGGUUCUGUGGACAAUAAGCAAUAGGAAUUAAUUUGUAACACAGGUAAAUAUGGCCCAAAUCCAGAUUCUCAUCAUAUGUGAUGCGUGUUUCAAUUCAGUUCAGUUUGGGACACUUUUUGGGCCACAACGUGGGUUUGAAAUCCAAAGCAUCUCACUUUUACAACAAUGUGACUCAGUCUGAACAGCCAUUUUGUAACUUUAAUGUAGGCCUGUCACGAUUACAAUUUUUUGCGAACGAUAUGUUGUCCCAGACAUUAUUGCGAUAAACGAUAUUGUUUAACAACCUAAUUUAGAAUGAACAAAAUAAUAUUGAAACAAAUGAAUUAACCCUUUUAAAGACCAUAAACUUUCCAUUCUUGAUUACGCACCUAAUUUUAAAACCUGAAAAGUUUCAGCUUGAACCAAAGUAGGUUAUAGUAGUUUUUUCAGUGUGUACUUACAUAUACAUACACAUUGCGAAGUGCGGAGGCCGGGGAAAUUUUGGGUCUGCCCCACACCAUAAGGUGCAGCCCCGGUCUGUCCCAGCUGGCACCUGUUGAACCGGCAUAAAGACUUUGCCUCAGCCUUCACUCGAGAGAUGCGCAACAA